AAAAGUCACAGUACAAGCUUGUCUUAACAUGACAGUUUACUUCCAAAAACACAACAAUUCGACACAAGUAUGGCUUGUGUCAAAUUUGACAGCAAGUACCAACUUUAUACCAUGCUAUAUAAAGACAAUGUUUGUCGGUUUUGAAACAGUAGUCAUCCAUUCCAGAAUUGGUCAAUAGCUUGCCAGUACAUACAAAAUGAAUUGUAUUCUACUUAUUCUGUCUCUGGCCAUUGUGCUAAUCAAUGGAACAACCUGGGGAUCUAGAGGAGGAGGUUGGAGAGGAGGCAUGAUUGGAAUUGGUGGUAUUGGCGGUGUAGGUCGAAUUGGCGGAGGUGGCAUUUAUGGUGGAGGUAUAUAUGGUGGCCGUGGAAUUUAUGGAGGAGGUAUUUAUGGUGGCCGCGGAAUUUAUGGCGGUGGCGGAAUCUAUGGAGGAGGUCGCGGUAUAUAUGGUGGUGGAGGUAUCUAUGGUGGUCGAGGAAUAUAUGGUGGAGGUAUAUAUGGCGAUGAUGACAACUAUGGCAGUGGAAUAUACGGCGGUGGGAUGUACGGCGGUGGAAUGGGCGGUGGAAUGGGCGGUGGAAUGUACGGCGGAGGUAUGUACGGCGGUGGAAUGGGUGGUGGUAUGUACGGCGGAGGGAUGUAUGAUCCAUAUAGUAGUUAUGGAAUGGGCAGUAGUGGAUACAGAGGUUACGGUCAACAAGGAUAUGGUAGCGGUGGAUAUUACCCAGGUGGAUCUAGUGGAUACGGCGGAUACGGUCAAGGAAGUGGAUAUUGGCCAGGCGGAUCGGGAGGUCAUGGUCAAUAUGGUAAAUAUGGAAAAAAGAGGUCUUACUGAGAUCAAACCAUUCCAAAGAAGAACAAAAGGCGCCUCUAACCCGAAUUCCAACAUAUGACGAACAAU